AUGGCAGAGCUUCAUGACUUGUGCGCCGACUUUCCCCGCUGCGUCGAGUGUGGCGGCUUUGGUUUGGGGGUUGUGACGAACCCACAGAAGAUCUGUACACACUGUGCUCGUGUUACAAAACUUUUCUUUGACCCGGACAGCAACAGGUUUUGCCGAGACGAAGGGUUUGUGGACAUUUCACCUGGUGCGGACGGUGGUGUGCUUAAAAAGAUUAUUCGCCAAGGAGAAAGCAUGAUUCAGAAAUUGGAAGAAGGCUGUCCAACUAUUGUACAUUAUGUGGGGCGAUUAAUGGAUGGAUCUAUUUUUGACACGACACGUGAUAUGUUGGAUGGGAAACAUGUGGGCGGAACGGAUGAUCCGUUUGAGUUUCAGUUGGGUCGAGAAAAAGUGAUCAAGGGAUGGGAUAUUGGUGUGGCCACAAUGAUUGUGGGUGAGGUGGCACGUUUUAUCAUUGCUCCCGAGUAUGGAUACGGCCAGAAGGGGUUUGCACCGAAAGUAGAACCUGAUGAGACUCUUGAUUUUGAAAUUGAGCUGAUAAGUUUCAAGGAUCCCCUGCCUCGCUUUCCUACCCAAGCAGAACUCGCAGAAUCCCGCAAGAAACAGAACGAAGAGGAUCAGAAAUUGCUGGAGGAGAACCCUCCACCUACGGUUGAUGCACGCAUUGAAAGCGCAUUGGAACAGAAGGAGAAAGGUAAUGCUCUCAUCGCUAAUCAAGAUUACGAUCAGGCACAACAAUGUUACGACUCGGGUUUUGUCCACAUAUUUUACGCAAAGGAAGAGUGGGAGAACUUUGUGUCACAAGAAGACAAGGACAAGGUCAACAAAGUAAAACUGGUGCUUUACCUUAACCGAGCACUGUGUAAGAUCAAGCUGGCAAAGAUUGACGAUGCGCUCUGGGAUUGCGACCAGGCUAUACUUCUUGAUUCGAGCAACAGCAAGGGUCAUUUCCGUCGGGGCCUUGUGUUUACAGAAAAACUAAAGGGCGAGUUGGAGAAGGAAAAGAAAGGCGAGUUUUGGAUUGUUGACAAGGGUUUCGAGUAUGCGUCAGAGGCAGAAAAAAGCUUCGACAACGCAAAGAAGCUCAUUGGCGACUCCAACGAUCGUAAAUUGGUGCACGCACUAGCUGAACUCAAGCGAAGUCACAUGUUGUUAAACAAGUAUGCGGCCAAGUAUAAAGAGGAGGAGAAGAAGUUGUACAAGGAAAAAAUCUUUGAUCGUUUGGAGGCCAAGAAUAAAGAGCUCGAGAAGCAGGAGAAGUUAAAAGCGGAGGCCGAGGAGUUUGAUGAUAUGCCUGCCCUUGAAUAA